CCCUUUCUGAGUUACUGACAGCAGGGAUGCCAAGUUGAAUUGUUGGCGGGGUUUUUUUUGCAGCCUCGAGCAAAAAGAAGCACCAUGGAGGAAAAGCGGGGCACUACCGAAGAUCGGGCAAGUGCUGGAGACCCCUCAGAUCAAUCUGCGGAGCGUAGCAGCGCCAGUGAAAACAAUGCCGCCGAUCCGCGAAGGAAUCGACUGAAGCUUUUCAACAAAGUUAUGGAAAAGAGCUUGCAAAGACUGAUAGCUGAUGCCAGUUUUCACAGAUUUGCCAAGACCUUCCACCCAUUUUACAAGCAGAACCCCCAGCUGACAGAGAGCAUACACAAGCAGUUCAUCUCACAGCUGCAGACCGCCAUCCAGGAUGACAUCGCUCAGAUCAUGGAGGAAGGGAACCUUCACUGUAAGCUGGAGGAGCUGGACCUUCUGGAGGCAGCAGCCAAGGAGAGCACAGACCCGGCUUGGCGGCCCAGUGGGGCACCAGAGAGGGACCUGUGCAGCUUCGUGGUUCCUUAUUACCAGCAGCAGCGACAGUACCUGCGCAGGGAGCUGAAGAAGCUGCGGAAGGAGAACGCCGCCUUGGCGCAGAGAGUGCUGGCUGGUCGGGAUCGCAUCUCCCAGUCGGAGCAGCGCAUUGCCGCUGACGUGGCCGAGUGGAGGGCAUCGUCCAGCAUACUGGAGGCGAUUGGUUCCCUGUCUCCCUCUCAGAACUUCGAUCACUUGUGAUCACUUGUGAUUUUGCUGCCUUGGAUCAUGUCAGCAAUACUAUGGAUUAAUCUACGGCAUAGAUUUAAACAUGCCAAAAAUAUUCAUCCGCUGUAUAUAUUGCUUACAUAGUUUUACUGCCUGCCAGGGAUCUAGCCUUGUAUAAUGUAGGUUUGUGAAGUUUUACAAACUCAAAUGCUUGUUUUGCUUUUAAACAAACCGCUCAUAUUGUACAAAAUGUGAUGUACGUAUUGUGUGUGUUUAUGUAUGUGUAAGUCCACAGUGUAGUGUUCUCGUUCCGAAUCCUCCUCCAAUAAAAGCCUAACACUUUGACAUUCUGGAA